AUGAGGGUCUCAACAGGUUUGUCGAUAUUGGCCUUGGCUGCCUCGACUGUCUCAGCAAGGGGUCGCAGUCCUCACUGCGUGUGCUGCUCUGCCCUUUCCAACGAUCAAGACCUGCAAGGCAAAGUCUUUACAAAGGAAAAUUCAUUUUAUGAUGCGCGCUUGGAGACUUACUACUCUGCAAAUGCUGCGCAAGAUCCAUGGUGUAUGGUGCUGCCCGAGAGCACCUCAGAUGUGACGAAGAUAGCAAAAAUCCUGAAUCGGAAUCAAUGUCCUUUUGGCAUCCGAAGCGGUGCUCACUCAGCCUUCACCGGAUCCAAUGGCGUCAAGAAAGGUGUCACCAUUGACUUUGGUUACAUGAACACCACGACUUAUGACGAAGGAACAAAGAUUGCUUCGAUACAGCCUGGCUCAGACUGGGAAAAAGUCUUCUCUACCCUUGAUCCUUACGACGUUGUUGCCGUUGGCGGUAGAGCGUCAGUCGUGGGUGUUGGUGGCUUCGUAACAGGUGGCGGCUACUCCUUCCACACGAACUCACAUGGCUUUGCUUGCGACUCAGUCACCAACUUCGAAGUUGUCCUUGGUGAUGGCUCCGUCGUCAACGCGAACGCAAAUGAGAAUGCAGAUCUCUGGAAAGCCCUCAAGGGAGGCUCCGGAAACUUUGGCUUCGUCACCAGAAUUGAUACUCGCACCGUCGACUCGACCCAGAUGUGGGGCGGUUUUGUUACCUACAACCUCACCGAGAGAGAUAAUGUCUUCAAUGCCUACCUGAACUUUGCCAACAACAUGGAAAACGACCCUUAUAGCCAGAAUAUCGUCGCGUUGUACUACGACAAGUCCGGCUUCACCUUGAGAUCCAUCCUGACCAACGUCCAAGCCAAGACAGAUGCACCUGCUUUUGACGAGUACUUCCCAAUUCCGAACAUCUCCAGCACUGUCCGCGUUGGAUCUGUUGCCGAUCUCGUUCCAGAGUUCACUGGUCCCACUCCCUUGGGCCUAUAUGCAAACUGGAUGGUCGGUCAAACCACGAACGACUACCGUAUCAUGGACUUCAUCGACAUCAAGCUCAAGGAAUACUCAGGCAAAAUGAAGGAAGCCGCGCCCGAGUCUGACUUCAAUGUUCUUGUCCAAUUCCAGCCGGUCACCCAGUCCAUCGUCAAGCACGGUCUCGAGAACGGCGGAAACUCACUCGGCUUGGAAAAUGUUGUCGCCGACGGUCCUACCAUCAUGUGGCUCAUUGCCUUGACCGUCGACACCCCCGCGAACCAGAAGAAGAUUCUGCCCUUUGCCCUCGAGUUCCGCGCCGCCAUCGACGAGUACGCCAAGGAGAUUGAUGCUUACAAGGAAUGGAAGUACCUCAACUACGCCUGGAAGGACCAGGACCCGCUCUCGAGUCAUGGCAAGGAAACUGUGGAUUUCCUCAAGUCCGUCGCCGAGGAUUACGACCCCGAUCAAGUCUUCCAGAAGCUCCGCAGGACCGGUUUCAAGCUUCCGGCUUAA